GGCUGGCAAGUGAGGAGUAAAGUGGGCGCCGCCUAGGACGGGGGAGUGGAGCUUCCUGCCCCAGGCAGCGGCCAGGCGGCUCCGCGGUUGAUUAUGGAAGAUUCCCACAAGAGUAACACGACAGAGUCUACAUCUCAGCCUGGUUCAACCGUUGCGGGGCCUCACGUUUCUCAGAUAGUACAUCAGGUGUCAUCAUUAUCAGAAAGUGAGGAGUCUCAGGACUCAUCUGACAGCAUAGGCUCCUCACAGAAAGCUCACGGGAUCCUGGCCCGGCGCCCAUCCUACAGGAAAAUUUUGAAAGACCUCUCUUCUGAAGAUACACGGGGCAGAAAAGGGGAAGGAGAAAAUCCCAGCAUUUCUGCCAUCACGUCUAUGUCUGUUCCAGCCCCCAUCUAUCAGACGAGCAGCGGACAGUACAUUGCCAUUGCCCCAAACGGAGCCUUACAGUUGGCCAGUCCAAGCACGGAUGGCGUGCAGGCACUGCAGACAUUAACCAUGACAAAUUCAAGCAGUACUCAGCAGGGGACGAUCCUCCAGUAUGCACAGACCUCUGACGGACAGCAGAUACUCGUCCCGAUCAACCAGGUGGUUGUACAGACUGCAUCAGGAGAUAUGCAGACCUACCAGAUCCGUACCACACCGUCUGCCACGUUACUCCCACAGACAGUGGUGAUGACUUCUCCUGUGACUCUUACAUCUCAGACAACAAAGACAGAUGACCCUCAACUAAGAAGAGAAAUACAACUGAUGAAAAACAGAGAAGCUGCCCGAGAGUGCCGCCGGAAGAAGAAGGAGUACGUGAAGUGCCUGAAGAACCGUGUUGCUGUUCUGGAAAAUCAAAAUAAAACUCUAAUAGAGGAGCUAAAGACUUUGAAGGACCUUUAUUCUCAUAAAAGUGUUUGAUUCUUUAAAGAGAAAGUAUUUUUUGUGGACUUUAAAGCUUAAAAAUUAGGUGGAUUUCUUUUUAGUGGAGUUCUAUAAAUUCAAAGGUCAAAGAAGCUACUUUGUGUUAGGUUUUCACAAACAGACAU